AUGUUGCGUACAGUCUUUCAACACGUUCAACGUCGUACUUUUUCAAACACCAGCCGCUUGUUUAUCGCUGAAGGCGAUAAAAUCCCGAAUAUCGAAGUCCAACUUAAGUCUCCUGCCGAGACUGUAAAGACAGCCGACUUUUUCCAAGGCAAGAAGGCCAUUUUAUUUGGCGUUCCCGGUGCAUUCACUCCUGGAUGUAGCAAGAGCCAUUUGCCUGGUUAUAUUCACCAAGCUAAAGAAUUGAAAAAGAAAGGCAUUGAUACUAUCGCUUGUGUUGCUAUUAAUGACGCGUUUGUCAUGAAUGAAUGGGGUAAGGCCCACCAAGCUGAAGAAAAUGGCGUUACUUUAUUGGCCGACUUCAAGGGUGAAUUUGCCAAAGCUAUGGAACUCGAUUUUGAUGCUACUGGUGCUCUCGGUAACCAUCGCUUUAAGCGUUUUGCUGCUAUUUUAGAUAAUGGCAAAGUUCAAAAAUUAUUUGUUGAACCUGACAAUACUGGUUUGAAAGUUAGCUUGGUAGAGAACGUCGCUAAGCACUUGUAA